AAGAAUGCCACCUUCAGAUGGGCUUGGGGAAAUAUGGGGCUUUAACCACAAACAAUAGCGCUCCUGCAAAUCGCAUUAUCUCCCAAGUCAUUUUGUGGGGAGACCGGAGGGGUGAUCAUCCAUUUUAUCUGUGCAACUCUGAGACCAGACAUCACGGAGCAACGCGAAAAACCCACGGCGUGUUUGGUGCGUCUGCUAAACUUAUCAGGACUGUAGUAUUGGCUGACGGACCGUGUAAACGCGGCUUGUAAAAGAUCCCCACCGUGGUCGGUGGUUGUGUGUAGAGGGGCCUGCGUAGCUCGGGGCUUCGCAGCCAUGGCUCUGCUGGCCUACCUCAAGAGCCUGUUCAUCCUGCAGCUGCUGAUGGGCUUUGUGUUUGUGGUGAGCGGCCUCAUCAUAAACUUCAUCCAGCUCUGCACCUGCGUCCUGUGGCCAAUCAACAGGCAGCUGUACCGCCGCAUCAACUGCAGGCUCGCCUACUCGCUCUGGAGCCAGCUGGUAAUGCUGCUGGAGUGGUGGUCUGGCACAGAAUGCACCCUCUACACCGAUCAGGCUACGGUGGAAAAAUUCGGCACGGAGCAUGUAAUUGUCAUCCUCAACCAUAACUAUGAGAUUGAUUUCCUGUGUGGCUGGACCAUGUGUGAAAGAUAUGGAGUAUUGGGGAGUUCAAAAGUGCUAGCCAAACAUGAGCUGCUGAUGGUCCCUCUAAUUGGUUGGACGUGGUACUUCCUUGAAAUAGUUUUUUGUAAAAGAAAAUGGGAGGAAGACAGAAAGACAGUGUUUAGUGGACUGAACAGACUUAAGGAUUAUCCCGAACACAUGUGGUUCCUGUUGUAUUGUGAAGGUACACGGUUCACGGAGAAGAAGCACCAGAUUAGUAUGCAGGUGGCCGAGAGCAAAGGCCUUCCCAAGCUCAAAUAUCACCUCCUGCCCCGCACCAAAGGCUUCACCACCACACUGCAGUGUCUGAAGGGGACAGUGUCUGCUGUUUAUGAUGUCACCCUCAACUUUAAAGACAACCAAACCCCGACUCUCCUGGGCAUCGUCCAUGGAAAGAAAUACAAAGCGGACAUGUGUGUGAGGCGUUUUCCUGUAGAGGACAUACCUGAUGAUGAGCAAGAGUGUGCCAGCUGGCUUCACAAGCUCUACCAGGAAAAGGAUGCCUUACAAGAAAACUACAACAAAGAAGGCAAGUUCCCUGGGCCCACGAUAAUCCCGCGUCGCAGACCGUGGACAUUAUUAAAUUUCCUGUUUUGGGCAACCCUGCUGCUUUCACCUCUCAUCAACUUUGCAUGUGGAGUGGUCGUGAGCGGCUCCCCCCUUCUUAUAAUUGGCUUUAUCCUCUUCCUCGUCAUAGCCUCUAUAGCCAUCCGCCGUCUCAUAGGAGUAACAGAAGUAAAGAAAACAGGCUCAAGUUAUGGCGAUCAAGAGGCCAAGAAGCAAAACUAAAGUGUGUCAUCCCAUUUAACAAAGUGUGGUUGCAUUUAUGCAGCGACUAUGAUCUCCUCCAAUACUGUUACGGCAGUCAGUAAGUCAGGAGGAGAAUCAGCUAAAAUAACAACUAAGAAAUCCCAGAUUGAGAAAGCCUGUGUUGAAAAACAGACUUUAGAGACCUAGCGAGAGAUGCAGAGAUGUGCGUCUAUAAUCCACCUAGUAACCCACUAUCCCAUUCCACUAAGUCCCAAUAAGGCUAAGCUCCAAACCUGUCACUUGGAAAGCUGGCCUAAACAAGCCAUGGCCCACAUUGCCCACUUAACUACCUUCACAACAACAGAAUGGUUCAAAAUUCAUCCUGCAGGCGCCAAAACACAACGUAUAUUUGGAUAGCUCUAACCUCACUUCCAGAGGUUAUCCAUUUUGUAAUCUUUAACACACAAUAUGUCUCUUCUCUCUCUCUAAGUGGGACUUGUAAUAGGAACCGGUGCCUUGAGGCCCCAGUCUCUCUUCACUAAUAUGGGGGUUCAUCCAAUUCACACACAACGGGGAAAAUUUGGUUUCAGGCAUAAUUCAGUUUUCCUUAGACAGUAAUUUUUGUGUAAUAUUGCAAAGAGAUCCCUUUCAUUACAGUUUAAAAAGACCAAAUGUAUUUCUUAAAUAAUGGUUUGAAUUCAGGUUUGGAACAAUUUAAAACCAAAAUCAUUUUUAUUCCUGUCAUAUUAACAGUGCUAUUGACAACUGCAGGCCCUAGUUGUCAAACCAGACAUUUGGAAUUAGCAAUGCAUUUAAAUAUUGGAAAACUGUAGACUAUUAAAAUUAAUACAACUCAAAUAAAAUUUCUUGGAAUUAAAAUAUUUCUAUUCUUCACAUAAUCACAAAUUAUACCACUGAAAAUACCUUCGGCAAUAUUUGCCUAUUCAACAAUUAAAUAGGCCAGAAGAGGGAGCCAGAGCACUACAAAUGGUACCUAGUCCGUCGAUUUACAAUUUUGUAUUGUGUUCACAAUUUUGUACUUCUAAUUAUGAUCACAUGGAGGUAAUAUUGUUGCGAUUUGGGUGAACCUAUUCUCUACUGAAGAUCUGUGGAGAGACUGGAGUCUGUUCUAUCACUAUAAGGGCUGUCCUUAUCAAGGAUACCUGCCAUGUUACAGGUCUCAUUACCAGCACUGCUUUUUUUUUUUUAUUAAUUUGACACCACAUACAAACUUUCAUUCAUAUUUUACAACAUGAUCACUUUGGACUACUUACAUUGUAUUUUGUUUUAGUAUCAAAACUAUAUUGUCAGGGCAAAGCACCUGUGUUAUGCCAGUCAUUCAUACCGCACAUUUUGUGUCUAAACCGGUCACUUUCCUUGCUGUUUGGUUUUGCUGUCUACGUUUAGGCUGCUGUAGUCUUUGUUAAACUUUGCCUUAACUCAAGCUUGCUCAGACAGGGAAUAUUCUUUCAGCAUCCCUUUAAUCAUUCUCCAUCUAUAUUUUAUUAUAGCUCAAUUUAUAUAUUCAUUUUUACAGUUUACAAUGGUCUCUUUUUGCUUGAAUAGUCAGAUUGUUUUGAUGCAUACAAAUAAUCAUGGUAUUUUAAACUAAUAUUAUGAAAAGGUGGAAAUCCAUUCAUUUCAAAUGUCGAUGUUGUACAUGUACACUGACAUAGACAAGAGCACAGUGCAGAAUUUGCAGGAACAAAUGAUUUCUAAAAUAUUAGAAAUGGGCCUAAUGCUAAAAAUCAUAUUAUAUAAGAAGUUGUUUAAAGUCCGUUUUGAUUAUUCCAUUUGGGAUUACCAGGGAUAAGAAACAUGUAUGAUGUAGAGGUGGUUUCCUUACAAGCCUUAAUAGUCAGUGCUGCUUUGAUUUUUGUGUGAAAUUUUAGUUGCCAUCUGAGCCCUGCUAUGGUCAAGGACUGGAAGAUUAAUAAUUUUGUAGCAGAUUUUUGGGAUCAUGUUCCCCAUAAUGCACUGGUGUUGAAAUAACUGACCGAAUAAAUUGUGAACUUUGAUGUGAAGACCGACCAUCAUAAAACUGACACAAUGAUGGUUACUAAAGAUCAUUUCAUAGAUCUGGUUUCCUUUUAAAUACAAACCAAUAUCCCACAGUACUCUGAAGCAGAACAAAAGCUGUGAAUCAAACUAUAUAUUUGAAUAUUGAGUUAAAGACAAACUGCUGACUGUGGUUGGAGAGCUUGUUGUUUCCCCAAGUAUUGAUUAAAAACAUAAAAUUGAUUAUUAAUAGGUAAAAUUAGUAUUAUGUUGUUGUUAUGCAUCAGCUUUUCUUUUCUAAGGCUAUUUUUAUGUUUUCUGCAGUUGACACUUGAUAUUAAAGGAUUAAAUAACAAAGACA